UUCACUCAUCGUUUAUUUGUCCAUUCAAUAUAAUAAAACUUUCGAAAAUAAGGAGAACAGAAAGUGACUGCACGGCCUCUAAUAAUGAAUGGGUGUUAGCCCGACAAAGAUCUAAUGUCUAAGAGCCUCUGUUAGAAACAAUCUGGACAUAGUGAGAAUUCUCGGCUAUCCAUCUGGCGUAUUAAUACACCAUCUGGGUAGAAGAGGACUAUUUUAUUUAUACACCAUGAUGGAUAGCCUCGACUGAUCAUAGAACCGCUAUUGUACACAGUGUUUGACGUCGGACAAAUAUUGAAAUAAUAUCAAGUAUCGUUAAUGAUGAAAAAGUUAUUUACAUAAAAGGAAAAACGCAUGAUUUCUGUCAGACAACUGAUUCCAUUUAAAAUUCAUGUGAUUAUUUUGCUAUUGUUAUAAUGUCUGAAAACCAAAUCCGGCAUAAAAGAACAAAACGCGUUUAUUUCAAUACUUCUUUAAUACUCUGGCUAGAUACUUAAAUUCUUGUACUUUCCCACUGUUCUUAGGUAAACUAGAUAAAUUAUGGCUUUGUAAAAUGAAUGGAAACGUUUCUCUGAAAUUUGGUGCAGAAUUUCAAGCAGUAUUGAACAAUGUUUAUCAAUUGUGUGUGACUUUGUCUCAGUGAAGUGGGCCAAAUUAAAUUUUACAGAGCUCUGAGACACCGUUGUAAAUUGUAUAUCUCCUUUUCCUCCAGACAGUUAAACUUAUCAGUUACAUGAUUUGUAUAUAAAAACAAUGUAAAUUUUGAACAUUUUACAAUUCUUUACAUUCCUUUAAAACAUUAUAACAAAAUUGAAUUUUUGCUAUGUCCGUAGUUGUUUUUAAUCUUUAAGGAAGUCUGUGUGAAAGUUUAAUAGGCAAAAAGGAGAGAAAUUUAUAUACAAAUAUACAUGUAAUGGUAAUCUAGAACAACUAUUGUCAUAAAAUAUGUAUAACCUCUAUAUUAUAUUAGCAAUUAGGAUAAAACAAAAACUUGGGUCCUGGCUUUAUGAAUUUCUCUAGCGCUUUAUAUCUCUACUAUAUAGAUUACUUGGCUGACCCAUAUUUAGGGACCCAUGGAAAGUACCUCAGGGGACAGUUUUCAUUUUCCACUCCGUGUAUCAAGGCGAUAUGUCCGAGUGAAGGUUGGACGACGGGAGGUACAACAGUGAUUAUCAUUGGUGAUAACUUCUUCGACGGUCUACAGAUUGUGUUCGGCACGAUGCUUGUCUGGAGUGAGUUACUGACGUCUCAUGCGAUAAAGGUACAGACUCCGCCUCGACAUAUACCGGGGGUUGUUGAAGUCACCCUCUCAUAUAAAUCAAAACAGUUUUGUAAAGGUGCACCUGGAAGAUUUGUAUAUACAUCUCUAACAGAACCAACAAUAGAUUAUGGUUUUCAAAGAUUAAUGAAACUUAUUCCACGUCACCCAGGAGACCCUGAAAGGUUACCAAAGGAAAUAAUAUUGAAGAGAGCUGCCGACCUUGCCGAAGCCCUGUACAGCAUGAGAAAUCCAAAUCAGUUAUCCCUACCGGCCCCUAGAUCACCUCCAAUGAACAAUACUCCUACAAUGUCCGGAUUUAACACAUAUUCUGGUCAGUUAGCUGUCAGUGUACAAGAAAAUGGCCAAUGGGAAGACGGGUAUAACAGAGGUCAAAGUUCGAGUGUCUCGCCAAGAGGGUAUGGUUCAACCGGCUCAACUCCUCACAGUAACGGAAGUGCUUACAGCUCCACCAUGAAUGGCUACCACAGUAGUGCCGGGGGUUUAGGCAACAUGGCUUCAAAUUCAAAACAGAAAAGUGCUUUCGCACCGGUCCGUGCAGCAAUGACUGGUGGUGACAUGGGGUUUGGACCUUCCACCGGGGGCUUUGGAAUGACGGGAUUACAAGCUGGUUGGGCCCAUACUUUUUACAAUGAAUGAGUGGUCUAGUGGGCUCACCAUUUUCAGCCAUGAAUCCAUUUGCUCUACAACCAUGUAAUGCUCCACAACCUUAUGGCAGCUCCAUAGUUUCUCCAGCAAAAUAGAAAUGUCUUCGGAGUCGAUUGUUAGGAUAUAGCUUCUGUUGAAUUCUUUGAUCCGUUAGGAAUGUGAAAAGGGCAUUAGAAACACUUUGUAACAAGUGACAGUGCUGGUUUAUUAGCUCAAUUCCAUGGCUGGAUCACUUCCUUAUGUGAAAAGCAUUCCGUUGCAUUCAAACAGCUUUAAAUUGAAUGUAACCACGUGGGUUGCUAGGAUACAGACUGUUGGAUGUGAUAAUGUGGUACUGUAGAUUACUACAUAAGAAAAUGAGUGUGAAAAUAAACUUAAUUUUUAAACAACUAUGAACGUGAAAUCGUUCAUGUUAAAAGCUAUAGUGCUUGCCAACAAAUUUUGUUUUUAUUUAUUAAUACAUGUUUGUUAAAGUAGAUUAGUGAAACUAUCACUGGAAAUGAAAAAUGACGAUUGUCUCGUCAUUAAAAUAGACAGUGUACCUUGAAAAACGAAACUUGUUUUUAUUUUAUUUACAAUAUUUCUAAUACAUUACAAUGAUGGAUAUGAAAUUAGGGAACCUCUGGUUUAAAUUUACUUCAUACAGGGUAUAUCAUUUUAUAAAUAUAGCGACAUUGUAUGUUUAAGAAUGUGUUUUUAUUUGAUGACUUUAAUUUUCAUUGAUUAUGAAAAUAAAAUCAUGAAGUGUUUAAAACUCAAACAAGAUUCAUGCCAGUACGAAGUUCACGUGUAUAUAUUAAUAAUUUGAGUGAUGAUAACAAUAUGAAUGCCUCUUCUCUGUGAAAGAAUAGCCUUAAUUAAUUAUCACACGGUAUAAAACAAGUAUGUUAUAACCCAUACGAUGGUGUAAUUUCAGUUCAAAAUUGGUCAGUUUUUAUCCUGCUACACCCCUGUUCUCAAUAAGAUUUUAUUACGUAUUAUUGAACUUGUCAAUAGAAGGCGUUAGAAGUUAAAUAUAUGUCUUGCAGGGCAUAAAUACUUUAGAAAAUUUACACAUUAGUUCAUUCAUUAAAUACUCAUUUCUAGUCAGAAAAAAGUGCCAAAUAUAUAAAACGCGAAAAACACCCAUCUUUAUUUGUUUUCUUUUAUAUAAAACUUUAAUUUAUUGUUGAUAUUAUUAUAUAGAUAAAUGUAGUAUUUUUCUCUUAUAUUUAACAAUAUUGUGUAAAUUAUCAAUAAAUUUCCGACUAUUAUUAUUGGCUCGAUGUUUAAAUGUUGUACAGUAUAUGACCAUAUGUUACGCUAUAGUUUUAAGAUCACACUCGGAGACAGGGCCUUUUAGAAAUACUAGCUUUACAAUGUCCUGAUGUAGACCUCUUUAG